AUGUCUACUGACAUCCAACGUCAGCACAGUCAUCAGCCCAUACCUGUUCCACCUGCUACCACUAAUCAGUGGACCCCCUCCUCGCAGGACUCUGGAGCGCAGACCGGAGGACAGGCGAGCGCCGGACCCUCGCAGGCUAGAGAAGUUCUGGUUCUAGAUAUGCAGAGAUGUCUUUAUUCAACAUCCCAGGCUUGGCAUGUCAGAAUGCCGCGAAAUAUUGAGGCAUUGUACGGUUCCUGUCUCACUAUCCCAUGCAGCUUUGACUAUUAUAGGAAUCCACCUAGAAGACCAGAUCGAGUUGUUUGGUACCAGUAUCAGAGCAUGGGAUAUCCUUCGGUUUAUGACAACUCGUACCCAAAUAAUGUCAUUUCGAUAUAUAAAGGAAGGACCCAAGCACUUACUUCUACAUAUGGAAAAACCUGCACUCUGCACAUAGAACCGGUGAACUGGAAUGACCACAGACAGGUGCUUUUUCCUUGGGUGGAUCCAGAAAAUGUUGGGAGAAGUACAUACGCAUUCUAUGAGACAACUGUAACAAUUGAAGUAGUUGCUCAGCCAGAAGCGCCAACGAUUAUGAUCACCGGUGAAAGGAUAGUUGGCAGUUCUGUAACAGUGCAAUGCUCUACUUAUCACACAUGUUCCAGAUAUCCCCCAACUCUCAGUUUCAACAAGGCACUUACAAACACACAUGUAAGUCAGGAAACGUAUAAGAUCACCUUAACAGGAACUUUGGUCUUAGAUAGAGACCACCAAACCGUGGAGUGCACUGCCAGGCACACAGGUGGUAGAAUAGCAAGAAGUUCUGAAACUCUAGAUGCACAAUGCUCCUUUUUGCCUUUGACCAUCAGCCCUACAUCAAGUGAAUAUCUUGAAGGAUUUCCAAGCACAGUAAGAUGCACAGCUUCAUACACUUGCUCCAACAAUCGACCAAGUCUCACGUGGAACUAUGCUAACAUGCCUGUUAGCAGUAAUACUGUCAAAGAAUCAGGGAGGACAAUGUGGACAACUGUUUCCACUUUGACAUUCACACCAUCAGCCAAAGACCAUGGACAUCAUCUGACAUGUUUUGCACGAUUUGAUGGAGGACAGACCCAGGAGAAGAGCAUUACCAUAUCGGUUAAAAGAAGCAUGCUCAAUCUGGAUUGGUCUUUCACUACGCCAAGAAGCAUAACAGGAUUAAGAGGGGCUUGUAUUGUUAUUCCUUGCCAGUUUACAUACAGUAUAUCCCAGCCAGAUGGCCUCCAAGUUAUAUGGUACUUGCACCAGAGUAAUGGACGGCCAACUGUUUUCAGCCAAAAUGACAGAAAUAUUUUGAGCAGAUAUAAUGGGAUUACAAGUUUAACUGGCUCUGUGACAGAGACAAAUUGUAGUCUUAAAAUAGACAGACUGGAGAUGUCCCACAACCAGGAUCGACUUUACCCAUGGGUCGAUAAGAACCCAAUUACUUCCUACCAUUCGCAGGGAUAUCCAUUUUUGGAUAAAAGCACUCAGAUUUUGGUUACAGACCAAGCACCAGAACCACAAAUGAGCAUCAUUGAUGUCCCUAGGGUAGGGGAUCAAAGCAGAGUUGCCUGUAAAGUGCAACAUACAUGUAUUUCUGCUCCUCCUGUACUGUCUCUAAAUGGUAUACCUGGAACAGACCGUGUCAUUGACUCACUGGAGUCAGAUGGCAUUUGGACAAGAACAAUAGAGCGAACUUGGACAGUAGAAGAAGACCACAGGAAGCUGGAGUGCACUGUGAACUAUUCUAGUGGACAAGUAGCCAAGAGUGAGCUCCAAGUGCAUGUUGAGUGUCCAUAUGAAGAAAUUAAAAUGGUAGAACCUCCAGGAGAGGUGACCGAAGGUGUGGCAAAGAGUGUAAUCUGUUCUGUGUCCUACAAGUGCAGGAAAAAUACACCAAAAAUUGAAUGGAACUAUUCAGACAUGCAGAAUGUACUAAUGCACGAAGAAAUAUUUAACAACACCUACACCACUGAGUCAAAUCUGACGUUUAUUGGCUCUUUGGGAGACAACGGAAAAACUCUAACCUGUACUGCACGGUUCAUCACUGGAGAAACCUCAGAGUCCUCAGUUCUGCAAAUCAAAAAAUACGAGGAACCAGUUGGAGAAGAACUGAAUGAAGGAGAUGCUCACCGGGUCCUUGCUGCUGACGUCCCUUUCAGAUUCAGUGCCGUGACUCGGUCCUGUGUGGUAAUCCCCUGCAGUUUCCAUGAUGAUGAGGAUCAACCAAUGACCCUUGGUAUAUGGUACAAAAAAACUGGGGGGAUUGUGUACCAUAACGCCCAGAGUGCUAUUUUGGACCACUUUAAGGAUCGAACCAGAAUUGUUGGAAACCUGAACGAAGGAGACUGCUCCCUGGAGGUUGAUGAUAUAAAACCCUUUGACAACGGGCCUUUCUGUUUCUACGCACAGAAAGGAGAAAAAAACUACAGAUUUAACAACAGCUGUGUUUUUAUUGUCAUGAAAGCUUCUCCAGACAAACCAGUGAUGAGCUCAGUUCCAGCACAAGUGAAUGCUGGUUCGACUGUGACCGUCUCCUGUUCUGUCAGUCACUCGUGUUCAUCACACCCUCCAGAGAUUUCAUGGAGCGUCCCUCCUAACAAC